AUGGGCAUCGAGAACGUCAAGAAAAUCGUCCUCGUCCUCUCGGGCAAAGGCGGCGUCGGCAAGUCCAGUAUCACCACUCAACUGGCUCUCACUCUGUCUCUGCAAGGCCACUCCGUUGGAGUCCUCGAUAUCGAUCUCACUGGUCCAUCAGUGCCCCGCUUCUUUGGUGUUGAGGGUUCCAAGGUCACACAAGCCCCCGGCGGCAUGGUUCCCGUGCCCGUUCAUGACGCCCAGACAGUCGGCCAAGGCAGCCGGGCAAAGAGCGCAGGCCCGCUGUCCGUCAUGUCGCUGGGCUUCAUUCUGGCAAAUCGCGGCGACGCGGUCAUCUGGCGCGGCCCCAAGAAGACGGCCAUGGUCCGCCAGUUCCUGUCCUCGGUCCUGUGGCCGCCUGGACUGGACUACCUCCUCAUCGACACUCCGCCUGGCACCUCGGACGAGCACAUCUCUCUCCUGGAGACACUCCUCAAAGACACCGCCUCCAACCCGUCGCAGCUGGCCGGUGCCGUCGUCGUCACCACGCCCCAGGCCAUUAGCAUCUCGGACGUGAAGAAGGAGCUGAACUUCUGCACAAAGGUUGGACUGAAGGUACUUGGAGUAGUGGAGAACAUGGCAGGCUUCGUAUGCCCAAGCUGCAGCGAAUGCACAAACGUAUUCAGCAAGGGCGGGGGCGAGAUCAUGGCAAGAGACUACCGCGUGCCGUUCCUGGGAAGUGUGCCUAUUGACCCGGCUUUCGUCACAUUGGUGGAAGAAGGAAAGCGGCCCGUCUACCCCCAAGGAACGGUCAUACAGGGCACUGAAAUGACUACGGAGGAGAGCGCCGGGGAAGCUGGCGAGGCGAGAAAGGAGCCAGGAGAAUUGGUCGACAAGUACACGAGCUGUUCUUUGUACCCGCUGUUUGACGCCAUGGCUAAGCAGAUAGUUAUAACUAUCCAGAGCGAUACUUGA